GCUCAAUUAAAAUGGGAAGGCAUCGAUGGUGUGGACGGCAUACUGGCCGAUUUGGGCAUUUCAUCUCAUCAAAUAGACACACCAGACCGAGGGUUUUCCAUUCGUUUUGAUGGUCUGCUGGAUAUGCGCAUGAAUUUCAGUUCGCCUUUAAGUGCCAUGGAGGUCGUGAAUGAUUAUACAGAAUCGGAAUUGAUUCGGGUAUUUAAAUCGUAUGGAGAAUUGAAUCAGGCGACCCGCAUG